AUGGCUUAUUUCUACUACGACAUUGUUCGAGCAGUGAAUGCCUUCGUUGACAGUCCACAGCCAGGAGGUGCACUUGAGUAUUAUGGAAACUUGUCGGAUCCACUUCAAGCUGCAAAGACUGCGGUAUUUGUGCUGUUGACGUUGGUAGGGGAUGCAUUUGUGAUCUAUCGUUGCUAUAUUAUUUGGAGUCGACAAUGGUGGAUUGUUAUUCUCCCUCUUUUAUGCUGGUGUGGCACGGGGGUGGGAGGAUUUGGGGCAACUGUCGCCUUCUCCAGAGCUGCCCCCGGUGCAGCGGUGUUUCUUCCUGCUAUCGUACCAUGGAUCACCAGCUUCAUUUCCAUGACCCUCGCCACCAACAUACUUUGCACCUUGUUAAUCGGGUAUCGCAUUGAAAAAAUUCGAAGAGGCCUGAAAGGUGCAUCUGUGACUGGAAGUGCAGCACAGUCUGCUGUCAUUAUGAUCAUAGAGUCAGCCGCCAUAUACUCCACCGCUGUGAUAUGCCUCAUGAUUACAUAUCAAUUGGGAUCUAAUGCCCAAUACACUGUCCUUGAUCUUACAUCCCCACUCAUUGGAAUUACGUUCACUAUUAUCAUCCUGCGUGUCAGCUUGGGAAUUAGCACCAAACAACUCUCGACAUACUCUUCCAAUCACAACCUCACCGGCGGUCCCUCGAGACCGACGGAUAUUCGCUUCCAGCAAAGAUCGAUGCCCGUCAAUGUCAAGGUCUCGCAUCUCGUAGAGAUGGACAACGGCAGUAACGGCUACUCGAGUGCGAAAGGCACGGUGGAAGAUGUAUAG